GGCCGUGAGCCAGUCUUCCCGACUCGCCAGUCGCUGGGGUUGAUGAAGAGUAAACUGAAGGGCGCGGAGACUGGUCAUAGUUUGCUCAAGAGGAAAAGCGAAGCUCUAACCAAGCGCUUCCGAGAAAUUACGCGGCGGAUUGAUGAAGCUAAACAGAAGAUGGGACGAGUCAUGCAGAUUGCUGCAUUCUCCCUUGCCGAAGUGAGCUACGCCGUUGGCGGUGAUAUCGGCUACCAAGUGCAAGAAUCCGCCAAGCAGGCUCGAUUCCGAGUGCGCGCGAAGCAGGAAAACGUUUCCGGUGUUCUUCUCCCUCACUUCGAGAGCUACACAGAAGAUGGAAUCAAUGACUUUGGCUUGACUGGCCUGGGAAAGGGAGGACAGCAGGUUCAACGUUGUCGAGAGACAUAUGCUCGGGCAGUGGAGACCUUGGUAGAACUGGCAAGUCUGCAGACAGCGUUUGUUAUUCUCGAUGAGGUGAUCAAGGUUGUUAACCGAAGAGGUGAUGAGCACGUUAUCAUUCCCCGAACGGAAAACACCAUCAAAUAUAUCAACUCGGAGCUCGACGAGCUUGACAGAGAAGAAUUCUACCGACUCAAGAAAGUGUCAAACAAGAAACAAAGAGACACCGCCGCUGCGGAUGCUGAAAUUCUGGCCGCACGCGAGAGAGAGGCGGCGAAACAACAAGCGGAUGCCACUAAGACUCAAUCAGAAGCAGCGCCAGACGCACCAGACGCGCCAGACGUUCUAGGGGAGCAAGAAGAUACGGAUGUCAUCUUCUAA